CUUUCUUUUAUACUUCCCUCUCUUUUGUAAAAAACGUCUAAUUUUUUUGUUGUUGUUGUAAUCAUAAAAAAGUAUUAACACCAUGAAGUUUCUAACAACGAGGAAACUUCAAAUUGCAGUACUCGCAAUUCUCGGAUUAGCGAGUGCUCAACAACCAAGUAACAGUACAGACAUUGGAGCGCCCAGCUUACCCAACGCAUCGAGCGCGCCCAGCGUACCUGGAGCACCCAACAUACCUAGUGCACCUAAUAGCGGCGUUAGUCCCAGUAACAUCACCGCGAUGAAAGCUCCUCCAAGUAAGUUACCUGUGAUUAUGUACAUCAUGAUCUGUGCUAAUGCUUUAUUGACUCAGCUUUAUGUACGGCCUAUCCUGACAAUGGUAUAUGUCAUGUGAGUAUACAAAUAAACAUUGUCAAAUAUCAUACACAUUGACUAAACAGAGCUGCAUUUGAACGUAUAAGGGAUUUGUCGAUUACUCUGUGUUUACAAAGGGAGCCCCUGUUGCCAUGAUUGAAAAGCAACUUGGACCACUCGUGAAUAUGAGUCGUUUACUAG